AUGAAGUGGUCAAUUGUAUCCGCGGUCUCUUUGCUGUUUGCAUCUGCAGCUGCUGAUCAUCCUUUCUUGCACAAGGGAAGGUUGGUUCCACCAGUUGAAGCAGAUGAUGAGUUUCCCGUUUCCAUUAAUACAGCUGUGAAUACUACAGGUUCUGCAUUUUUCACUCAACUCCUGGAUCAUAACAAUCCUUACAAAGGAACUUUUCAGCAGAAGUUUUGGUGGAAUUCCGAGAAUUGGAGUGGACCAGGAUCUCCAAUCGUUUUCUUCACUCCUGGUGAAACCGCUGCUGCAAACUAUGGCGCCUACUUGACUAAUGUCACCCUUACCGGACUCUUUGCGCAAGAGAUCAAGGGUGCCGUUGUCAUGGUUGAGCAUCGGUUCUGGGGUGAAUCGUCUCCAUACGACAAUCUGACGACGACGAACUUACAACUCCUCACACUCGAACAAGCUAUUGCCGAUUUCGUCUACUUUGCAAAGACGGUUACUCUUCCGUUCGACACAAACCACAGCAGUAACGCAGCCAGUGCACCUUGGAUAAACUCGGGUGGAAGCUACAGUGGUGCACUCUCUGCUUGGACUGAAUCUACAAGCCCUGGUACAUUCUGGGCAUACCAUGCUUCCAGUGCCCCAGUUCAAGCUAUCGAUGACUACUGGCAAUACUUCUAUCCCAUUCAAGAUGGUAUGCCAAAGAACUGUAGUAAAGACGUUUCUUUAGUCAUUGACUAUAUGGACAAUGUGUUGACUCAUGGAAACAAAAGUGCAGUGACUGCACUCAAGACCAAGUUUGGCUUGGAAUCUGUCGAACAUAAUGAUGAUUUUAUGGCUGUCCUCGAGAACGGUCCGUGGUUGUGGCAAUCGAACAGUUUCUCUACAAACUAUUCAGGUUUCUACCAAUUCUGUGAUGCAAUUGAGAACGUCACCGCCGGAGCUGCCGUCACACCGGACGCGAAUGGGGUUGGUCUUACUACCGCAUUGGAGGGAUAUGCAAAAUGGACCAAGAGUUACAUACCAGGCUAUUGUGAAAGCUUUGGCUAUGAUGCCAAUGACACGUCCUGCUUCAACACACAUGAUUUCAAUAACCUGCAGUUCAGGGAUUAUAGUGUCGGAAAUGCUAUUGAUAGACAGUGGAACUGGAUGCUUUGCAAUGAGCCAUUUGGCUAUUGGCAAAAUGGAGCACCAAAGAACAGACCUUCAAUCGUUUCUCGUCUCAUCGAUUCACAAUACUGGCAACGACAAUGUGCCUUGUUCUUCCCAACUGAGGGCAACUACACGUAUGCCAGCGCCAAGGGUGCUACGGUGAAUCGUGUCAACAAAUACACAAAAGGAUGGGAUCUAGAGAACACCACUCGUCUUAUUUGGACAAAUGGUCAAUAUGAUCCAUGGAGAACAUCCGGAGUCAGCUCUCAAUUCAGACCUGGUGGCGAAUUGCAGUCUACUGCGCAACAUCCAGUACAAAUCAUUCCUGGUGGAAUUCAUUGUUCAGAUCUCAGGUUGAAGAACGGACAAGUUAAUGCAGGCGUCCAGCAAGUGAUUGACAACGAGGUGGCACAGAUAGUGGCAUGGACGGCGGAGUUUUACAAUCAAACUUCGGGACAUCAUACAUCAUACGGAGGGCAUGGACGAAAAUAUUAG